AUGAUUUUCCCAUUGAUAGAGUCAUGCGUACCCCAAGAUUUAUUGAGUGUGUGGCAGCGUUCGUCGCAUGAAGAAUCCGCGACUUCCACCCAAGCGGUUACAGGGUUGGAGAAGAGGUUGGCAAGUCUAAUGAGUUUUUUGAAGAAUGAAGUGGAGAACGAUCAACGGACUAGAUUGGCGGCCGAAGGUUUUGGGUUGCGCCCCACGGCUCAGGAUAGGAUUUCUACAGCUGCGGGAUUGAUCAACCAUGGUGCAGAAAAGUGCGUUUUUUGUGGGAACACACAUGAAAGUGCCAACUGUUUCAAAGCACAAAAGCUGACGCUAGAAAAGAAGAAAGAGAUUCUUAGCGGAAAAAAGGCUUGUUUUAAGUGUUUAAGAAUUGGACAUCAAUCGCGACAAUGCAAAGCCCGUUUGAGAUGUUUAGUCUGUAGCCAAUCACACGUGAUAUUGAUGUGCCCCGACUUACCAAAGGAAAACCGCGUCAUUGAGAAGUCCAAAUCAGCGAAAGGUGAUAAAACGCAUGACGUGACGGUAAAUGAAACGUUGACAUGCACCAACAGCACCAAUACGCACGUAUUUUUGCAAACGCUCCGAGUGAAAUUAUGCGGCGUUGGUGGUUCACGUAACGUAAGAGCCCUAAUCGAUACGGGAUCACAGAACACUUACAUCCUAAAAUCGACGGCUUUAGCACUGGGAUAUCAGUCGAAGAGAAGGGAGAAAAUUAUCCACUGUUUAUUUGGCGGUGCUACCUCGCAGGAGAACCAUGAAUGCUACGAGGUGACGGCUAUGUAUAAGAAUUAUAAAUGUUCAUUCGAAGCCUUGUCACAAUCGGUGAUUUGCACGGACAUAGCUCCUGUAUUCGAUGGCCCAUGGAUGCAAGAAUUAGAUAGAAUGGGUAUUCAUGUGACUGAUAAGUACGACCCAGCUCCCAUUGAACUCUUGAUAGGAUCAGACGUCGCGGGGAGGUUGUAUACCGGCAAACGGCACAUUCUUAGCUCGGGAUUGGUGGCUGUGGAGACUCUUUAUGGAUGGACUCUGAUGGGCAGAAUUCCCCUGAAUACCUCGAGAAGUGCCACCAUGACCUCAAUCUCACUAUUUGUUAGAGACGCGUCGAUUACUAGAUUGUGGCAGCUGGAUGUGUUGGGUAUCACUGAUCCCACAGAGCAUAAGUCACGCCAAGAAGUAGUUUCAGCCGCAAGAGAUUUCUUUAACGAAACGGUGAAGAUAAACGAAGAUGGGCGGUAUGAAGUGAACUUGCCUUGGUUGGAGGCGCAUCCGCCACUGCCUGAUAAUUACGCUAUGGCUAGAAGAAGAUUGGACAAAACAGUCCAUAAAUUGGAAGUUAAUGGUCUUUUGGAAUCCUAUGAUAAUAUAUUUCAGGAAUGGUUGAGCGAGGGGAUUAUAGAGGAAGUUCUGGAAGAUAGCCGAACCAACGUGGCCCAUUACCUGCCACACAGACCGGUGGUGAAGGAAGAUAGCGCAACCACGAAAAUCCGGCCUGUCUUUGAUGCCUCCGCCAAAGAAAAGAACGGACCCUCCUUGAAUCAAUGUCUCGAAACAGGGCCUAAUCUGAUUGAACUGAUUCCUAACAUGCUACACAGGUUUAGGCAAAACAAGAUAGGAGUGACCGCAGACAUACGUAAGGCGUUCCUGCAAAUUGGUGUUGAUAAAGGAGAUAGGGAUUUUCUUCGUUUUCUAUGGAGGGGCCCUGGAGAUGAAAUAAGAACUUAUCGACACAAACGAGUGGUAUUUGGUGUUAGCAGCAGUCCAUUUUUACUAGGAGCUACGCUAGAGCACCAUAUUUCGAAGUCCUUGGAUAGAUGUGAUGGUGGUAAUCUACCUUAUUCAAGAGAUACCGUGUCGAGAUUGUCUAGAAGUUUCUAUGUGGAUAACUGCAUCGCAAGUGUGCAGACCGAACAAAUAUUAAGGUGUUUCAUCGAAGAAUCCAGCAUGAUUAUGGAAGAGGCUAGGUUUGACUUGCGAGGGUGGGAGUUUUCUCGGCAGAUUUGCUCACCUGAUUAUAAGCAUACACCUCUUCUCGGAUUAGAAUGGGAUAAAAGACUGGAUACGUUGAAACUUAACACAGAUUUCUUGAAGGACCUGGAGAAACUAUUACAGGAACCUAUUACCAAACGUGUGAUGCUGUCCUUGGCCCAGAGAGUAUUUGACCCGAUCGGCUUUACCUGUCCAGCCACAUUACUUCCAAAACUAAUGCUACAAAAAACCUGGGAGAAGAAGAUUGGUUGGGAUGUUAGUGUAGACUUAGAGAUAGAGGAAACUUUUCGCAAUUGGGUGAAGGAGCUGAAUGACUUGAGAACAAUUGAAAUACCUAGAUGGGUACGUUCCGGCCCCGGUGAGGCAGAACAGCUGAGUGUCCAUACAUUCUGCGAUGCUAGUCAGAAUGCAUAUGCUGCAGUGAUUUUCCUGAGAGGUGUUUAUGAAGGCAAGGUUUUCAUACGUCUGUUAGCAGCGAAAAGCCGGAUAUCGCCCUUAAAGAAAAUAACCAUACCUCGUUUGGAACUUUUGGCAGCCGUUGUCGGUGCUAGACUGUAUGGAUCAGUUAGGGAUGGCUUAGCAGUGGAGGCAGACAAUUACUUUUGGAGCGAUUCUACCACUGUGAUAUCCUGGAUACAUCGUAAUGAAGAUUGGGGAACUUUUGUCCAUAACAGAGUGGCAGAGAUUCGAAGAACAACACACAGCGACAAGUGGCGCUUUGUGCCGGGAAUUUUAAACCCCGCAGAUCUACCGUCCCGAGGUUGCGGUGUUAAGUUUUUGCUACACUCUGGAUGGUGGGAGGGACCGCGUUGGUUGUACGGGGACCCAAAAUCAUGGCCCGAACACGAGGGCAUGCAGUACGACGAACUUGAGAUAAAUAGAGAGAAAAAGAAGAAGAUUACGUCGUCCUUGCUUAACACUGGUGAUCAUAUGAAUGAGGAUGAAUUGCAUUUAACCUAUUUUUCCAAAUAUCUGAAAACACGGCGCAUGAUUGCUUGGAUACUUCGGUUCAUAUUCAAUACUCGAAACCCCAUCAACAAACGUAAAGGCGCACUCACCGAAGAAGAAAUUGGAAAAGCCGAGACAUUUGUGGUGAAGCGGGUGCAGCGAGAUUCAUUGGACGAGAAUGACAAACGUUGGAGAAAUCUUCAAUCCUUUAGAGAUGAAAAUGGCGUAAUCCGAGUUAAAUCGAGAGUGCUGAUCAGGUGGACAACAUCAGCGAGACUUCACCGGAGACGAGAAACAUCAAAGGUGACGAUGGGGAAGAACUGGUGUGCAAGACUGUGCGGGAAAGUGCGGGAGUGUGUAAAAGCAGAGAACCCGCAACGAAAGUUGUUGUUACGCGUAGUGGUCGCCUGA